UAAAUACGUUUAAAAAAUGGCUGAAUUAUUGUAUAUCUGUCAAUUUCAGUGAAAUCCUUUUUAUUUUCAUUAUGGCCCAUGUUUAGUGUGUCGAUGUAUUUAAUGAAUAGUGCUUGUUUUAUUAACGUAUAAAUGUAUAUAUAAAAUUUCACAAUGAACGGGUUAAGUUUUAGUGAAUUAUGUUGCUUGUUUUGUUGUCCGCCAUGCCCAGGAAAAAUUGCAGCAAAGCUUGCCUUCCUGCCCCCUGAACCCACGUAUGCAUUUACACCUGACGAAACAGGAUCAAAAUUCUCUUUAACGUUGACGGAAAGAGCAGAAUGGCAAUAUUCAGAACGGGAAAAAGAAAAUAUAGAAGGGUUCUACUCGAGAACGACUAGGGGGAACAGAAUUGCUUGUCUCUUUGUUCGUUGCAGCCCUAAUGCUCGCUUCACGAUAUUGUUUUCACAUGGAAAUGCAGUAGAUCUGGGACAAAUGAGUAGUUUUUAUUUAGGUUUAGGCACUAGAAUAAAUUGUAACAUAUUCAGUUAUGACUACUCUGGAUAUGGUGUCAGUGGAGGUAAACCGUCAGAGAAAAACUUGUAUGCAGAUAUUGAUGCUGCAUGGCAGGCUUUAAGGACUCGUUAUGGCAUAAGUCCUGAGAAUAUUAUUCUUUAUGGCCAGAGUAUUGGUACUGUGCCAACAGUAGAUCUAGCUGCUCGUUAUGAAGUUGGAGCUGUGGUUCUUCACUCUCCACUCAUGUCUGGGAUGCGAGUUGCCUUUCCUAAUACAAAAAGGACAUGGUUUUUUGAUGCAUUUCCAAGUAUUGACAAGAUCCCCAAAGUGACCUCUCCAGUCCUUGUUAUACACGGAACUGAAGAUGAGGUGAUAGACUUCUCACACGGUCUAGCAAUAUAUGAACGCUGUCCACGUGCUGUUGAGCCGUUAUGGGUUGAGGGAGCUGGACACAAUGAUGUUGAACUUUUCAACCAAUAUCUCGAAAGACUGAAGCGGUUUGUUUCAGUGGAAUUGCUCAACUGACAAAGACUGCCGGCCUCAGGCCAAACUACUCAAGGUGAAGAUCCAAAUCCUGCAUCCACACUGAGCUCCGGGACUUCGAGUUCGGCGACAGAGAGACUCCUCUAGCUAGCGGGGGCCGGGCCCAGCCGGGCCGGCCCCAACAAAAAUUCAGUAAACGGUUCUUCGAGUUCGCACAAUCUCGACAAGAAUGUAGACAAUAAUGAGGCCGUCGCCGAGGCGCGCAGUCCACGA